AUGUUAAUACCAAAAUUUAUUAAUUUCCUCACUCAUUGUCGAUGCAUUUCAUCAACAACGGCUGGAAUUACUAAAAUCCACAGAAACAUCUACGCUAGAUCCUACAAUCCAACAGUAGUUGUUCUCCCGGAUGGUUCCAGCUUUAAUAUUCGCUAUCAUGAGCCUCGAAGAAUAAUUAGGCUUCCCUUGGAUCUAAAUACCUUGUCGGAGGAAGAGAGAAAAGUAAGGCUUGAUAGGAGGAAGCCAAAGAAGAAGAUUCGGGUUUAUGAAGAAGUCGAGGAUUCCUUCAGUUCUCAGAAAUACAUAAAGAUGCUAAAGAAAAAAUAGAAGAUGUAAAAUCUAGAAUUUCCUGGAGUUUGAGAUUAGAUCCAUUAGAGAUGAUGAAUAAAAGUUAGGUUAUGUUAUGGCUA